GAGAAUCUGGCCUUUCUAACACGUCUCCUGCAGAAGAGCAGGAAAGAAACUCUGCAGCAGCAACAACACAGAGAUUAAUUUAACUCUUCCUCAGUCUCCUGCAGACUCGUGUGGUUUUGAACAUGGCCGGUGAGAUGCCGAGGUGGGAGAGGAAAGUUCGAGUGUUCCUGUGCGUCUUCGGUUUGGCUCUGUCACUUUACGCGCUCCACGUCGAGGUGUCCAAAGAGUCCAACCCGGACUACAGAGCCAUGUGUGACCUGGGGGAGUCGGUGAGCUGCUCCAAAGUCUUCACCUCCAGAUGGGGACGUGGUUUUGGUUUGGUCCAGUUCUUCGUGGCCCAGGACAGUCUUCUGAACCAGCCCAACAGUUUGCUCGGCAUCUUAUUCUACACUCUGCAGAUGGGCCUCGGUCUGUCACUGUCAAGGAAAGCUGCAAAGUUGCUGGUCUUCUUCUCAUGGGUGUCGGUGGCCGGCUCUCUAUAUCUGGCGUUCAUUCUGGCCUUUGUCCUGGGGGACUUCUGCAUGGUCUGCGUGUCCACGUACAUUGUCAACUUCGCACUGCUCUUCACCAACCUCAGGCGAAGGAGAGCAAUCGGGGGAAUGAAGGAAAAGAGAGGAUAGAGUGUAUUACUCGUGAAAUUCAAGGCCUCUGCUGAGGUGAAGCCACACUAGAACCGGAAAUUCACCCCCACAGUAUUUGUGUUACUCAGAGAAACAGGACUGGAUGUGUGUCUCAUCUCAGCUUGAUACUGGAUAAAGCAAAAGUGACUUUUCUGCUUCAUUUGAUUUUUUUGUGAUGCUGAUGCACACACACACACGUAUAUUUGAAUAGUGCUGUUUGUCAAAUGUGAUUUUAGUCCACAGAAGCUUUAAAAAAUAAAAAUACAUUACAGUUUUUCUCAA